AUGCGCACCGAGCCAGAAGUAAAUCACCGCGCGGCGCGGGUGCAAAACUUGAGCGCGGGCAAGUUUUCGGGGUCCAACCGCUGCCCGCCUUCUGCCGCUCCAAACGCUCGAUCUCAUCCUCCAGCUUUCGUCCCCACCGCCACCGCGCUCGCACUCCUCCUACCAAGCGGCCUCGACCAGAACCCGGAGAUCGCCUGGAACUAG